CGGAGGGAUACACUGAUGACGUCACCGGAAGAAUCACAAGUAGCUCUAAGCGGCGCCGACACACAUAGAGCCGAUGUUUACCUUAUAAUUCAGUUUUGUGCGUUUCUGUUUGAAGUCCAUCUCAUUGUGUGUUUGACUGGCUUGCCUGGUGUCAGGAUGUCCACUGAAAGUGAGGAGGAGAGGAGCGUGGAGGUGCUGGCUCUGUCUGAAGAAGUGGACGAGGAGCUGCUGUGUCUCUACUUUGAGAACAAGCGGCGUUCUGGUGGCGGUCCCCUUGAGUUGCAAAGGAAAGAUGGUCGCACCGUGCUGGUGUUUGAGGAGGCACAGGCUGCAGACAGGGUUCUGUCCAAAGGACCCCACGUUGUUCACAAUGUGAAGCUGCAGGUGCGAAGGCCCCCCGCCAAAGACCCGUGCAGGCUGCUGCUGCGAGGGCUCAACCCCAACACCAGCAUAGAGAUGGUGGAGCUGUACGUGGAGAACAUGAUAGACCUGAAUGUGGGGGAGUACACCCUGUUUCCUUCCCCGGGGAGGGACGUCCUCCUCAUCCAUCUCAGCCAGCCCAUCUCCAAAGAAUUCCAGGCUCUAAGCUCACAGAUCUCCAAACGAAAACUGGACGGGGCCGUGGUUUGUAUUGAGCAGCUGAGUCGGACGGACUCUGUGUUGGUGGAAAACCUGCAGCCCGGCACCAACCAGGACCUGCUGACCUUGUACUUUGAGAGUGAGCGAGGUGGGGGUCAGAGGGUGAAGGACGUCAGAAUGCUGUCAGCAGCUACAGCAAAGGUGUCCUUUGUGAACUUUGAGUCUGUGGACCUCGUCCUGGAUCGCCAGCACAAACUGGAAAACACUGAGCUUGCACUGAGGGCCUACUUUGACUUUCUCCAGCCUCCAGAGAGUUUAACCCCACGUGACUCUGAAACCGAACAGCAGGAUGACACAACGAGGAGAUCACAAAACCACAUUCAAAUGCAGGCCAGUUCCCCUCUAGCUAAUGGAGACGGCUCUUCCCGAGCCAAACCUUCAGCUGCAGGAGCACGGCACACCUCCAAGGCGGGAGCAUCAGAAGAAAGCAUGGACGUCCAGAGUGAGGAAGCAGAAACACUCCAGUUCCAUGUGGCCAUCCCAGAUCCAGCCAAGCAGGCUGUGUUUGUCUGCAGCACUUUUCAGAAGGACCUCCAGAAGGCCAAUCCAGGCGUGGACGUUCAGGUUAAAGAUGACGGAGUCCUCAUUGCAGGAGCUGACAGACUUCAGCUGGAGCAGCUGAGGCAGACGCUGCUGGACUUUCUUAAUGCUAUGCAGGAAACUCGCUUCUCUGUUGCUCCUGAGGAGGCCGAGUUCUUCUCCAGAAAAGACGUUGAGGAAUAUCUGCUCACAGCCUUGAGGGGGAGCGGCACGCCCGCUGUCUACACGGUGUUAGGCCCUGCCCUGAUUGUGACGGCGCUGUCUGCAGACGCGGCCGCCACAGUUUGCAGCUUUCUAAAGUCCCAGGUGAAAUGCGUCAGCAUCCCUGUGAACGCGGAACAGGAGUGCAUGCUGCACCUGAGGGAGUGGUUGGAGCUGCUGCAGACUCUGAGCUUCACCUCCGCUAAGAUGUCCGACAGAGGAGGACAGCUGGACGUUCUGACUCUGAAAGGAAAGGAGAAGCAGACGGAGAGAGCCAUCCGGCAGUUCCUGACCUCCUCCAUCGAACGGGAGACGGUCAUGGCCAUGAAGCCAGGCAUGCUGAAGUACCUCCAGACCCACUGUCACCAGCUGCUGGCCGACAUGAACCAGGUGUCCAUUAUCCCCUCAGAGGCUGAGGAUGUUUGUGGGCUGAAGAUCCACGGUCCUGCGGUUGCUUGCCAAAUGGCAGAGGAAGUCCUGCAGGGGGUGGUCUCCUCCAUCUGCACCAGGUCCAUCACAGUGAACGCUCCAGGAGUGACCCGCUUCUUAGAGGAAAAGGAGUGCAGGAGCAUUCUGAAUGAGAUGGAAUCCAAGUUUGUGGUCUACAUAUGCCCUAAGUAUGUGCCCUGGAGCCACCUACCCCACCAGGAUAUCUUUGAAACUGCUUGGACGAUGAUGUCUCAGAAAAGUUUACCGAAGAUGUCUGUGGAUGCAAAGCAAACUGGUCUAAGGGACGAGGUGAAGGAGAGGGUUUCAUCCAUGGGUACUAAGAGGAGGAAGCCGGUGGAGCAUGCAGACCAGCUCUAUGACCUGGAAAACGUGGACCUGUACUCCGACCCCACCAGCCUAUCAGACCAGAACUCUGCCUCUCUCCUUGGGGCUCCUAAGCCCUUUGCAGAUCUGAAUGGAGCUGGUGGAGUUCUGGGACUCUCCAAAAAUCUGGGGGAGGAGGCGCAGUUGUCUCUUGCCAUCCAGUACUCUAUGGAAGCAGAGCAGCGGUCCACGAAAGAUGACGAGGCACAGCUUCAAAAAGCUUUGGAACUCUCCAAGACGAUGACUGAGAGGGGGGACUCCUCUGGUUCAAACAAACAGACCAAAGCAAACACCCCUAUACAAGAAGCAAUCCAGGCUGCCAACAGCGUCCAGCUGGAUGUGUUCGCAGGUUAUAACUGUGACCUUAUUCGGGUGGACAUUGCCUUCAAAAAGAAGGUUUCCCAACGACAGGUGGAGGAGAAGGUGGAGCACAGGGCUGUCGCCAACAUGUCUGACUACCAUAAGACCUGUUUGGAGAUGAUCAAGCGGAAGCACGGGGUUGCAAUUGAUGUUCAGGGAACCAGCAUUGUUGUUUCGGGGUUUAAGGACUACGUGGUGGGGGCCGUGUGGGACACAAAGCUGCUGCUGGAGAAACUCUCCAACUCUGUGUCUGAUAGAGAAAUCCUCAAAGCCGUCCAGUGGGUGCAGCACCACCCAGCUUCACCCGACCCCAUCCCUUACUCCGAUGAAGCCACAGUGUUCUUGGAGAAAGCCUGGAGGAUGAAGCUCAAAACGGUUGAUGUGCUGUUUGACCACCAGCCCCACAGCGUUAACUUCGACAAGAUGCAAGAAUACAGCAGAGCUUCAGGAGAGUCUGUGAAAAUAUCCAGGAAGUUGCUGGAAUUGGGAGAUUUGACCCAGGAUGUUCCAGAGGAGGAGCUCUCUCUACUGUCAAACCUGCCUGAUGCCACCAAAAUCACGGAGGAUUCAGAGGAGUUUCAGAAUGUGGUGAAGAACUUUUAUGCCACCAUCUACGAGCACCACAGCAAAAUCCGGAUCAUACAGGUUGAGCGGCUCAUGAAUCGUCUUCUGUACAAUCAGUACAAGCUGAAGAAGGCCAGCGUCCUGCAGCUGUCCACGCACCCCGUGGUGGAGCGGACUCUUUACCACGGCACAAGUGAGACCAGCGUGAAGGAGAUCUGUGUCCACGGCUUCAACAGGAGCUUCUGUGGAAAGAACGCAACCGUCUACGGCCAGGGCGUUUAUUUUGCGGUCAACUCCUCUCUGUCUGUUCAGGAUCAGUAUUCUCCCCCCAAUGCAGACCAGUACAAAUUCAUUUUUGUGUCCAAGGUACUGACUGGAGACUUCACCAAAGGCUGCCAUUCAAUGAAGACUGCGCCGCUGAAGGAAACCGGGGACAUUCCCCUCAGAUACGACAGCGUAACCGACGACAUCAACAAGCCCACAAUGUUCGUCAUCUUCAACGACACACAAGCUUUUCCAGAAUAUCUCAUAACAUGUCAGAGAAUCCAGCGCUGAGGAGCCAACCUGAAAACUGCACUUUUAUGUUGAUGUGAAUAAAAGGCUUCAUUUUA